UAUAUUAUUGUCCGAAUAGCUCUCUCUAUAUAUUUAACCGUAGUGUCACUAAAUACAGUAAACACUAAUAAUGGAGAAGCAACAAAAAUACUUGCUCCCCACAAAGUUGAACUUCUUUUUUCUUGUACCGUUAAUUUUUCAUGGCAUAAUUGUCCAUGGCUUCCAAAUGGAUAAUCAAGCACGUACGUUAAUGUCGUGGCGUCGUUCCAAAAUGCGUUCUCGGACAACUAAUUCUGAGGAUGAGACAUGGUCGACAGAAAACUUGGUAUUUGAUUCUGUUGAAGAACAACAACAUGUUGGAAAUAUGGAGGAUGAUUUGAUUAAAGGGGGUCUUCCAGGGCAACCAACAUCAAAUGUGAAGUUUAAGCAGUAUGCAGGUUAUGUUAAUGUUGAUGAAAAGAAUGGGAGAAGCCUUUUCUAUUACUUUGCUGAAUCUGCGUCUGGAAAUGCUUCUUCAGAACCACUUAUUCUUUGGCUAAAUGGAGGUCCAGGAUGUUCAUCAUUAGGAUAUGGGGCGCUGCUAGAACUUGGGCCUUUUGGUGUAAAGCCUGAUGGUAAAACUCUUUAUUCCAGAAGAUUUGCUUGGAACAAAGUUGCAAAUGUAAUGUUCCUGGAGUCACCAGCAGGGGUUGGCUUCUCCUAUUCCAACACUACCUCCGAUUAUGCACUCUCAGGCGACAAGAGGACUGCUGAAGAUGCAUAUAGGUUUCUAGUGAAUUGGUUCAAGAAGUUUCCACAUUACAAAGGCAGGGAUUUCUACAUCAUGGGAGAAAGCUAUGCAGGAUUCUACGUUCCAGAGUUAGCAGACAUCAUUGUCAAGAGGAACAAGCUACCCACCACAAACUUCAAGAUCGAAUUCAAAGGAGUCAUGAUAGGAAAUGGUAUAAUGAAUGAAGAAACAGACGCUAAAGGGCUAUUCGAUUAUGUAUGGAGCCAUGCACUAAUCUCAGACGAGACUCAUCUAGGUAUCCAACAACACUGCGAAACCAAAAGGAAAAGCGAAACAGAGAUCAAAACAUGCGAAGAAUUUCUAAUCACAGCCUCAACUGAGUUAGGAAACAUAGACCCUUACAACAUCUAUGCCCCCGUCUGUUCCAAUGCAUCAUCAUCAAGAGUAGCAUUGAAGAAAAAUGGAUAUGAUCCUUGCGGAGAACGUUAUGUUAGUAAUUAUCUCAAUCUUCCUCAUGUUCAGAAAGCCUUGCAUGCCAACCUCACUAACCUUCCUUAUCCUUGGGGUGCUUGCAGAAUUGAUCUGAAUUGGAAGGAUAGUCCAUCAAGUAUGUUCCCAAUAUACAGGAGGCUUAUGGCAUCUGGUCUUCGGAUACUUCUAUUCAGUGGAGAUGUGGAUGCAGUUGUUUCAGUGACUUCAACUCGCUAUAGCAUUAGUGCUAUGAACCUUAAGGUGAUCAAACCAUGGCACCCCUGGUACGACGAUACAAAAGAAGUAUUUUAUAUAAAGGUUGGUGGCUAUAUGGUGGUGUAUGAUGGAUUAGCUUUCGCAACAGUAAGGGGAGCAGGGCACCAAGUUCCACAAUUUCAACCACGAGAAGCAGAUGUUAUAAGGGAUUUUCUCAAGGCUCGACGCGCAAAUCCCUUGCACACAAGUAUUAACAAUGGCCUAGCGGCUGCUGAGAAACAGAGAUCAGCAUUCGUGCCACAGGUAGGAUCAAAGGAAGAUGACAAGAUCUCAGCAUUGCCAGGGCAACCCAGUGGGGUGAAUUUUCAACAAUAUUCAGGAUAUGUUACUGUUGAUGCUGAUGCUGGUAGAGCCUUGUUCUAUUACUUCACUGAAUCAACUCGAGAUCCUUCUACCAAGCCUCUUAUUUUGUGGCUAAAUGGAGGACCUGGUUGCUCUUCAUUGGGGGCUGGAGCGAUGAUGGAACUUGGACCAUUCCGCGUCAAUAAAGAUGGAAAAACCUUGUGGCUCAACCCUUUUGCCUGGAACAAUGUGGCAAACAUCAUCUUUUUAGAAUCACCUGCUGGUGUUGGAUUCUCUUAUUCUAAUACAUCAUCAGAUUAUACUACUGGAGAUGAAAAGACCAGACAAGACAGUUUUACCUUUCUCAUCAAUUGGAUGGAAAGAUUCCCAGAAUAUAAACACCGAGAUUUCUACAUUACUGGAGAGAGUUAUGCUGGCCAUUAUGUGCCUCAACUUGCUCAGCUGAUCUUAUCCUACAAGAAAAGAGAACCAACCCUUGUCAUUAACUUGCAAGGAAUAGCUACUGGAAAUGGCAUCAUCGACGAUGAAGCAAUGAGUAGGGGUACAUACGAAUUUUAUUGGACACAUGCACUAAUAUCAGAUGAAGUUCAUCAAGGAAUUGUCUUGAAUUGCAACUUCUCGGCAGAGACAACCUCAGAAGCUUGUAAUGAGUACAUAAAGCAAGCAGAUUCAUCUCAAGGGAAUAUCUAUGCUUAUAACACAUAUGCCCAACUGUGCAACUCCUCUGCCUAUACUUCCCUUCCUAUAGAUGGAUUUGAUUCAUGCUCAGCUGAUUACGUAGACAAUUACCUAAACAGUGCUGAAGUACAAAAGGCCCUUAAUGUCAAAGAUAUACCCCAUUCCUGGGAUUCUUGCAAUGGUUUCAUAUUCGGCUCUUGGCAGGAUUCCCCCCAUACAGUUCUACCAAUCUUUCAAGAGCUCAUGCAAAGUGGCAUUAGGGUUUGGAUUUAUAGCGGAGACAUAGAUCAUAAGUUAUCUGUAACGACAAGUAGAUAUGCGAUAGACAAAAUAAAAACACCAGUCAAAACACCAUGGUACCCUUGGUUCUUCCAAGGCGAGGUUGGUGGUUAUGCAGUGGAAUACCAGAACUUGACAUUCGUGACGGUAAGAGGAUCAGGACAUUUGGUUCCAAGCUAUCAACCUGGCCGUGCAUUGACCAUGUUCUCAUCCUUCAUCAAUGGCACACUCCCUCCUCAUCUACACUAAACAGAAGAAAAGGUUAUUGAAGGGGAAAAAGAAAAGGAAAGCUGAUUUCAUAAGGAACGUUAAUUUUGUAGAACUACAACCCAAUUAUGUUCUUCUGCAAACAAUGAGACAUAGUAUAAAUUAUGGAGUAUUUGACUA